CGUCAGCAUAAGCAAACGCCAUCUGCACGUCGGUCCAUCACGAUGCGCAUACACUUGCACCGCUCACUACGCCAUGUCUGAAUCCACAGCCUGGCCACCCGCGAACGGGCUCACCACCAAGAUCGUCCCGCGCAAGGACGCCAUCCUCACCAUCCCCUACUCGACGGUAGUGCACGCGCCGGCGUCGCUCGUAUUCGACACCAUUCUCCGCGCCAAAGACUACAAAGCAUGGAACACGUGGGUACCCGUCGCGGAGAUCCAGUCCCCCGGGAACGACCUCGAUUCGACUAGCCAAGAGCGUAUGAGCAUCGGCUGCUCCAUGGAAUUCCAUGUCAUCAUGAACGCGGACAAGCCGAACGACAUCACAAAGACACAGCUGAAGGUCGUAGACAUCAGCACGCCCUCUGCGCCGACAUCCUACCUCACGCCCGACCUCCUCGAAGACCCCUCGUUCACAGCCGACCUCAGUAAGGUAUACAGGGUGAGUUGGACGGGUAACGGCGGCAUGUACGGCUUUGCGCCCAAGCUGGAGCGCUUCCACGAGGUCAUUGUCACCGGCGAGAACGAAUGCGAGGUCAGAACCUGGGAAAUCAUGAGUGGCAUGCUGUCAAGGGUUGUCAAGCUGAUGAUGGAGGACACAUUAAAGGGCAAGGUUGGUCUCUGGUGCGAGGAUCUGAAGCGAUAUUGCGAAAAGCAGCACAGCGAAGGUGCGUCGGCUUGAUAGCACUCGGACUCUGCUUCAUACCCACGAUACAUCCAUCUUCAUGUAGCAGGCGAGCGAAAACACAGCCCAGAGCCCGCCGCAACAAGUCCGAAGCAA